AUGACGAUGAUACUACGAGUAUUGUCCAAACUAGUCGCCGUUCAUUGCCUUGUCUUUCUACCGCCGCCGGUCGCCGCGGCAGCAGCUGCCAAUGAAAUACCAGAUCCGCCUCCCCCGGUGGCCCUGCCCAACUGCAAUGGAACCGGGUCCGGCUGCUUCCUGGAUGAACUCUACGAGAUUGAGUGCCACCGUGGCAGCGAGAGCAACCCCGUGGCCACGCUGAAGAACCUCAUGAAUGUGACUCUGGUCCUCUACUCCGACCCGAACCUGCCGAACUGCACGGGCGGAACAGCGAACGGCAACAUCACCACGUCGUUGAACUUGACGGGGAGUCCCCACAUGUACUCGCAAAGCAAUAUCUUUGUGUCCGGAGGGUGCAACAACCAGGCGUUCAUGGUCAACCCCAGCAUGAAGUCCGGCGUUGUUGGCUGCAGGUGCUGGCAGUGGUUUUGGAGCCAUAUCCUUUUUGGGAUUAUUGUGGUGGUUAUACAAAUCAUAAAGAGGGGGCAUGAAAUCAAGAUCAAGAAGAAGUUCUUCAAACGAAACGGCGGUCUUUUGUUACAACAGCAACUACCUCGUGACGAAGGCAAUCACAUGGAGAAAAGCAAAUUGUUCACUUUGAAAGAGUUAGAGAAAGGCACGGAUCAUUUUAAUGAGAACAGGAUACUUGGUCAAGGUGGCCAAGGAACUAUCUACAACGGAAUGCUAAUAGAUGGAAGGAUCGUUGCAGUCAAAAGAUCGAGAAUUGUAGACGAAGAACAAGGCGAACAGUUUGCCAAUGAAAUUAUGAUUCUCUCGCAAAUUAAUCAUCAUAACGUCGUCAAGCUAUUGGGAUGUUGUUUGGAGACGGAGGUUCCGCUUUUUGUUUAUGAAGUUAGUCCAAGUGGAACUCUUUAUCUGCAUUUGCAUAAUCCGACUGAAGAAUUUCUCGGGUCAUGGGAAAUGCGAUUGAGGAUCGCCACUAAAGUUGUCAGAGCUCUUUCCUACUUGCGCUUUGCCGCAGCCAUACCCAUUCAUCAUCGUGAUGUCAAGUCUUCAAAUUUCCUUUUGGACGAUAAGUACCCGGCCAAAGUAGCGGAUUUCAGAACUUCGAGGUCUAUUGCCAUUGAUCAAACUCACUUGACCAAAGGGGUCAAAGGAACCAUUGGGUACUUGGACCCCGAGUAUUUCCAAACGAGCCAAUUCAUGGACAAGAGCGACAUGUAUGGCUUUGGAGUAGUCCUAGUCGAACUAUUAAUUUUUUAUUAA